AGCAGAGGUAACUUGGCAGUUUUUGCAGCAGAGCCUCAUAAAUAAACACGAUACAAUGCUGCUCCCUUCUGUUCUAUUGCAUGAUGACAAUAUAAAUACUGAUGCUCUGACUUCCAGUACCGUUUCUGUCUGUAUGUCCACCUGUGCGCUUGUUGUCGGACACCGCCAUCUAGUGUUAAAGCAGAUACCUGCAGGGGGCGGAGCUCCGGUUAAAUCUGCGGCCAGGAUCAACUCGCACGAGAGGAGGGGAAAAACAGCCGCUGCUCCUGCCCCGGUCACCUGCCAUCCCUGCCGGAGGAAAGACCGAGACAGAUUAACAUUUAUUCUGCCUUUAUCUGGUCUGCAGAGAAACCACAGUAUGUCUUUCUGUCAGUUCUUAGGCGGUGAGAUCUACAAGGAUCAUUUCAAACCAGGUAUGUAUGUGUGCUCCAAGUGUAACCAUCCCCUGUUCUCCAGUCGGUCCAAGUUCGCCCACUCGUCUCCCUGGCCGGCUUUCACCGACACCAUCAGAGAGGACAGUGUCACCAAGAUGAUGGAGACUCUCACUGCCUACAAGGUGCUGUGUGGCAAGUGUGGCAACGGGCUGGGCCACGAGUUCGUGAAUGACGGUCCAGAGGAGGGAGUCUCACGUUUUUGAAUAUUCAGCCACUCGCUCAAGUUUGUCCCCGUCAAAGGCAAAGACAAACAGUAAAGAGCGAGGUCUGAGCUCUCUGUAACUGCUGCUCGGUCGAGGACGUGUGAACAGGUCGGCUCAGCGCGUGACGUGGACGGGACAAAGGCCCGAGAGGGACGUCCUGUCCGCUGAAGAAUCUUUGACCGGCCUCUGACACAGGGACCACACUACACCUCUGCAAAUAUCCCUCUGCAAAACUGUUUUCAUAUUCCUUGAAUACCUCAUGUUCAAAUACAAAUUAACUCCACGACGAAACAAUAAAAUGUACGAGUUCAUGCAUGUCAUUGUAGCAAAAAUUGGGUUUUGCAACAACAGUUAAAAAGUUAUAAUUAAACAGGCACUCAUCAGUUAUUGCUGCUAUCUUUUUCACUUCACUGUACACUAUGCUGCCUGUAUCAUUUACUUACUCCCAAAGGUAAAUAUAACCAUAUUAGCUAUGCACUGAAGACGUCCACAUUUCUAGUCAGUCUACACUUUUGGUAUCUCUUUUGUAUGUUUAUUUUGAAAUUAUGUAGUAGCAAAUAAAUUGUUAACCUACUGUAAGAACCAGAGGCAUUUCAGCUCCUGAGACUUUUCACCUGAGCAAAAAUGCAAAAUAAUACAUCUGUACCUUUGUGGAUUUGCAUUUUACUUUGAAAAACUCACAUCUGAGUCAAAAAAUUUGAUUCAUCCUCCAUUGUAACAGUCCUUUAUAUUCAUGCUCAUAUAAAUGAACAAACAAUAAAUUAUAGUUUGAUAGAU